UAACUCAGAAAAGACAAAAGAAAAUGAAUUAUGACAAUGGCAAAAAUGACUGUUGAAUUCCUAUAUAUAUACUUUAAUAAGCUUUAACAUAUUCAACACACCACUAGUUUCCAGUAUCCAUCAUCUUCAUCUUGUUUAGGUUCCAACUUCCAAGUAUGAAGAAAGCAGAGUUGGUUUUUGUUCCUGCUCCAGGCAUAGGUCACCUUGUCCCCACAUGCCAGUUUGCGGUGAACUUGCUCAAUCUUGAUGAACAGCUAUGCAUAACCAUGAUCAUCAUUAGGCCUCAGGCGCCAUUUGAUGUUGGCAUAGAUGCAUACAUUCAAAGAUUCUCCUCAAAUACUGCUGUUGAUCAUCGGAUCAGAUUCAUCAAACUUCCUCAAGUUGAACUACCACCCUUAGAAGAGUUUACAAAGUCUAUGGAGAAUUUCUUCUCUCUUCUCAUAUCAAGCUAUAAACCCCUCGUCAAAGAUGCUAUUAUCAACAACAAACAUUCCAACACGACAAUAGUUGGGUUAGUAAUCGAUAUGUUUUGCAGUUCAAUGAUUGAUGUAGCAAAUGAACUUGGGAUUCCUCCCUAUAUUUUCUUCACUUCUGGUUCAGGUUUUCUUGGUUUUGUGCUUUACCUCUCUGUUUGGCAUAGCCAACAUGGGAGGGAAUUUAGCCUCACAGAUCCUGAUUUAGAUAUGCCAUCCUAUGCCAACUUAGUACCCUCAAAUGUCUUACCAACUUUUGCUUUCAAUAAGGAAGGUUACGCAGCAUUCAUGAACCAUGGUGCCAGGUUCAAAGAAACCAAAGGAAUUCUCAUCAAUACAUUUGCUGAACUUGAAUCCCAUGCUGUGAAUUCAUUAGCAUCUGACCCUGAACUACCUCCAGUAUAUACAAUAGGACCGCAUCUUGACCUUGCAGGUCAAAAGAGUAGGGAGGACAAUAAGGAAGAAGUUAUGAAAUGGCUAGAAGAUCAGCCACCAUCAUCUGUGCUAUUUCUGUGCUUUGGUAGCAUGGGAACUUUAGAGGUCCCACAGCUACAAGAGUUGGCAAAUGCCCUUGAACAAAGCGGGGUGAGGUUCUUGUGGUCAAUAAAAAUGCCCCUUGGUUCUGAAUAUGGUAAGUUUGAUGAGCUACUGCCAGAAGGAUUCUUGAGUAGGACUAAAGACAGAGGAAUGGUAUGUGGUUGGGCGCCCCAAGUGCAUGUUUUGACUCACAAAGCCACUGCUGGUUUUGUAUCUCAUUGUGGAUGGAACUCGACACUGGAGACUUUAUGGCAUGGAGUUCCUAUGGUAACAUGGCCUCUACAUGGAGAGCAGCAGAUUAACGCGUUUCAGAUGGUGAAGGAUCUUGAGCUGGCAGUGGAGCUGAGAAUGGAUUACAGGAUGGGGAAGAUCAGUGAUGGAGGAAUAGUGAGAGCAGAGGAGAUUGAGAAUGCUAUAAGAUGCAUAAUGGAUAGUGAAAAUCCAGUGAGGAAAAGAGUGAAAGAAAUGAGGGACAAAAGCAGGGAGGUCUUGAUGGAAGGUGGUUCUUCCUUUGUUUCUUUAAGACAUUUCCUCAAGACCAUUCUUGAUGGCUAGCAAUGAAAAUUGAUGUUGUUUGAACUAGUCUCUUACCUAGUCUAUGUUUAGGGACAAAACAACCAAGUUGCAAACAUCCUGACCAGCGCAGAUGUACCAUUAUCCGAGAUCUCUCGUACUACAAUUCCCUGCUUUACAUAUGAAUGUUUUUGUCAAAGAUUACUUAGGAAUCAUGUAUCUUAGGGAAUUUUAUGCAUUUACUAAACCUUAAUAUGUUUAAGUUAUCCUUUAGGGAGAAACACCGGUGGUUUGGUGCACCUGGUACGAGUAUGUAUCAUAACAGGUCUUAACAGACCCCUCCCCUCUUGUCUCUGCACAAUGUUGAGUUUUCAUUUA